AAAUAAUAUCGGGAAAACUUUAUAUACCGGACUUUACGUGACACUAAAAAUAGCAUUAUGACGAAUCGCCAUUUUCAUUUCAACAUAACCCUAUACGAUCUGCUGAGGAAGAUCAUCCAGAUUUGGCAGCUGUUUGUGUUCAUUCAAAUGAUUUUCUCUCCAGAUGAGAAGUUUUAUAUUCAAGUCAAAAUAUAGCCAUACCAAGCUGUCUUGCUUACACAAUCUCAAAGAAAAGUUGUGACAGCUGUGUUUAUUUGUUCUGAAAACAUGUCGUUUUAAACAGAAAACUGUGUAGGCCUACAUUUUUGACACACAUCAUGGAAAAUUCCAACAAAAAGCCUAAAUGCUCCAUGAUUACAGAUUUAGCAUGCUGUGAAAACCCCAACAAAGUUAGACACAGUUACAAAGCAGGUGUGUUUUAUCCAGGAAAUCAUGAAGCUGAGAUGUGCUAUGGAGGAGAAGCUGAUCUACACAAACAUGUUACUGGCUGUAAGAAGAAUCCAGGUCACAAAGGUUUUAUACCUCUUAAAGAUUUCAACAUAAAUUGUCUCCCCUCACAUUACCAUAACGACCUCAUGUUUGAGACAAUCUUAACAUUGGCUGCCCUAACUGUCCAGGUAAAGACUAAAUUCACCAGUUUAGAGAGACCAGAGUUUUACCCAGACACUCAAGUUCCAUAUCCAUGUUAUAGUGACAGAGGAAGUCACGUGAUGAGGUUAGGGACUGGUAUGGUGUGGUGUGUGACCAAGUACACAGAGAGUGACAGAUGGGGAACUUGUCGUUGUGCCAAGUGUCAAGUCUCUGCCACACCCAGUAAAGUGUGGGGGAAGGUUCAUGUGUUGACAGCCACACACGUGGUGUUUGAUGACAGUGAGGCGAGACAGACCAGGUGUGUUUUAGGUUUUGAUGACAAUAAAAGUCCAGUGGUCAGUCUUGAUGGCUGGAGGGUGUGGGAGGCAAACAUUGAGAGAGACAGGUGUGAGCUGAGUUAUGUGACAUGUGACUUAGAGUUGGUUGAUGAACUGGGCAAGAUGUGUGACCGCAUGUAUUAUCUAUUUGGGAAAGUAGAGCACAAAUACAGGAGAUUUCUUGAUGUGGACAGGUUGACCGUUAUAGUGUCACAUCCUCAUGGCUGUCCUAAACAGGUCUCUGUAGGACAAUGGACACACAAACAUAAGAGGGAUGAUAAAGGGUUAAACUGGACCAGGUACUGGUACACAACAUGUACAUGUCCUGGCUCCAGUGGAGCGUUUGUCUACAGGCUGGGACAUGACAAGUGGUUGUAUUAUCACCAUCCCCACAGUGGAUCAAGCCCUGAAGGAAAUUAUAGUGGGGAGUGUAGAGUCUGAUGUAACUGUUGGUUCUCUCCCCUGGUCUACAUAAUGUAAACAAACAAAAUGGCGGAACCUUUACCGACAUUAAACUGUUUGUGUUAAGACCUGCAUGUCUUAUCAACAUUUUAUUACAUUUAAAUGAUUAAAACAAAUGUUUUGAUUGAUGUAAUCUGUUUAACCUAAUUAAUUUACAUGUAAAUUGAUGGAUUUUAGAGUUUUUUUUGUUUCAAACGUUUUAAUUAAUUUCCUUAUAACUUUUGUCGGCAAAUUGUUGUCAUAUACCUUUAGGCUGGCUAUUACCUGUACAUUAAAUGUAACCUACUUAUCAAAUGUUAUACUCAUACUGUUUCUAUUUGUUUACACAUUGUUCACAU